CCUGAUUGUUAGCCUAUUUUAGCCCUCAAGUGCUGAGGCUUUUUUUGAUAUCUGAAGAGCAACGACACACUGCGUCUAUCGGUAAGCCCCCCCUUCUUCGUACUAAAAACACUCUUCUCCUGCUCACCAUAUAGCUACUAUGUUUCGGUGUAGAAGGUUAUGCCCAAGGAAUCUCUGUGUCUAUACACUGACUAGAAAACCUGGUAAUAGGUCUCUAUUUCACACUUUCGUUUCGCGAACAUUUGAUUCUCGCACAUAUGUAGUAAUCGAGGGUAGCAAAACCUUCAGUUCUUCGAGCUUCACAAUGGGUUCUAAUUUGAUUUCCCGGACUUCCCCUUCAUCAGAAAACCCCAAUUUUAUCAAAAGCCUAAGUUGUGCUGUAAGGCAUAGUUUUGUUAGGAGGAGUUACUGUGCUGGGAAGAACGGUCCUGGUGGGUCUAACGAGUGGACUGAUGAGAUAGAGUAUUUGGAUGAAUCAGGCGGCGUGAUUUACACUGGUAAGGGCAUAAGGUCGGUUGAACCAGGGCUCGAUGACCAUGUGAUGGUGGGUGGGGUAAAGAAGCCAUUUGUGAAUGCCUCUGCGGUUGCGAAGAUUGUUGAGCUUGUGAAGCGGUGGAAAUGGGGGCCUGAGUUGGAAAGCCAGCUAGACAAACUUCAAUUUGUUCCAAACAUGACCCACAUCAUUCAGUCUUUGAAAGUUGUUGGUGAUAGUGAUGCAUCGUUGAGUCUAUUUCGAUGGGCAAAGAGACAGUCUUGGUAUUCACUGAACAAUGACUGUUAUAUCAUCUUGUUUGAUUUGUUAAAUCAGAAUAGAGAUUUUGAUGGGAUUCAGAAGUUAUUUGAUGAAAUGGUUCAAGAUUCGAGUGAAAGUGGCAUUUCGUCAUUGAAUGCACAUAAUCGGGUAAUUCAGUAUCUGGCUAAAGCUGAGAAAUUGGAAGUGUCAUUUUGUUGUUUCAAAAAGGUUCUUAAUUCCGGUGGUAAAGUUGAUACACAAACAUAUAAUGCACUCAUAACAUUUUUUUUAACUAAAGGUCUGCCGUACAAAGCGUUUGAGGUAUAUGAGAGCAUGGAAGCGGCUCAAUGUUCAUUUGAUGGGUCUACAUACGAGAUGAUGAUUCCAGGCUUGGCGAAAUCAGGCCGUCUUGAUUCGGCUUUUAAGCUCUUCCAAGAGAUGAAGGCAAGGAACUUUCAACCAAGCUUCAAUGUUUUUGCUUCACUUGUAGAUUCCAUGGGGAAAUCUGGGAGACUGGAAACAUCAAUGAAGGUGUACAUGGAAAUGCAAGGAUAUGGGUUGAGGCCAUCUGCGUCCAUGUAUGUUUCUCUAAUUGAUUCGUAUACAAAGGCUGGGAAAUUAGAUACCGCUCUAAGGCUUUGGGAUGAGAUGAAGAAAGCAAGGUUCAGGCCUAACUUUGGCUUGUACACAAUGAUUAUCGAGUCCCAUGCAAAAUCAGGGAAGCUUGAGAUUGCAAUGUCUAUCUUUAAAGAUAUGGAGAAGGCGGGAUUUCUACCGACGCCAUCCACAUAUUCUUCUCUCUUGGAAAUGCAUGCCAGCUCUGGGCAAGUAGAUUCUGCCAUGAAGUUGUAUAAUUCAAUGACCAAUGCAGGUAUGAGACCAGGUUUAAGUACGUGUACUGCUCUUUUGACUCUUCUGGCUAAUAAGAAGCUUGUUGAUGUGGCUGCUAAAAUUUUGCUUGAAAUGAUGGCCUUGGGAUUUUCGGUUGAUGUGAGUGCAAGUGAUGUUCUCAUGAUUUAUAUCAAGGAUGGUUCUGUUGAUCUUGCUUUGAGAUGGUUACGUUUCAUGGGUUCAUCAGGCAUUAGAACAAAUAAUUUUAUUAUUAGGCAGUUGUUUGAGUCAUGCAUGAGAAAUGGUCUAUAUGAGGCUGCCAAGCCUCUCCUUGAGACCUAUGUGAACUCUGGUGUGAAAGUGGAUCUCAUACUUUACACAUCAAUUCUGGCCCAUCUUGUUCGAUGCCAGGAAGAGCAGAAUGAGAGGCAUUUGAUGUCAAUACUCGGCGCUACAAAACAUAAGGCACAUUCUUUCAUGUGUGGCCUCUUCACUGGCCCAGAACAGAGAAAACAGCCAGUCCUAUCCUUUGUUCGAGAGUUCUUUCAGAGUGUUGAUUAUGAGUUGGAAGAAGGGGCUGCAAGGUACUUUGUUAAUGUUCUCCUCAAUUAUCUUGUUUUGAUGGGGCAGAUAAAUCGGGCCCGUUGUGUUUGGAAAGUCGCCUAUGAGAAUAAGCUUUUCCCAAAGGCGAUAGUUUUCGAUCAGCACAUUGCUUGGUCCCUUGAUGUUCGCAACUUGUCAGUGGGAGCCGCUCUGAUUGCAGUUGUGCACACUCUCCAUAGGUUCCGAAAGCGCAUGUUGUACUAUGGUGUUGUGCCAAGACGCGUUAAAUUGGUCACAGGACCUACUCUUAAGAUUGUGGUUGCUCAGAUGUUGAGCUCGGUGGAGUCUCCAUUCGAAGUCAGUAAGGUGGUUCUAAGGGCUCCUGGAGAUUCUGUCAUGGAGUGGUUUAAGAAACCAAUCGUUCAGCAGUUUCUUCUGAAUGAAAUUCCAUCGAGGGCUGACAUUCUCAUGCACAAGCUGAACACAAUCUUUCCUAGUUCUGCACCUGAAAUUAGGUCUCUGUCCCCUCCCAAACCACUCAUUGCAGGAAAGAUGCCAUAAACAGGAUCCAUUUUGCGGUUAUCGCCGCCUGUAAACUGAAAAUGUGGUUUUUUCCUGCUAUAAAACGUGAAGAGAAUUGCUCAGUUGAAGAUUGAAGCCCUUGGUGUCUCGUGAAAAACAUAUCAGAAUACUUUUAUCUGAAGACCUUCAGGGUUUUUCAGGUAGCAUCAAUAACCUCUACUACCUCCCAUAUGUAACUUGGAAGCUCAACAGGGAGUUAAGAAGGGCAAGAAAAGCAUUGAUAGCUGCGGUCACAGCUGUUAGAAUUUCCAACUUUUAUUAAGAUUUUGUGCAUAAUGAUAAUCUACAUGUUCUUUUUCCUGUUACUUGAUUCAUUUAUUAUUUGGAUACGAUAAAUGAAUUCCUACACUAAUUGUUAGACUAGUUUACGCCUUUCUUCCCGAUUAAGCUGAGAAGAAUGUAGCACUGAA